AUGCUUUCCUUCGAGGCAGAUGUACAUCACGAUUGGAACGAUCGCUCGCUUCUUGUAGAAUCUUUGCUAUCGACGCCUGUUCAGCAAGGCACGGGUCAUGUUCUGACUCCGUCGACAGGCCACACAGACCGCAGCGAUCUUGUGCAAGACUCACAGGUCUUUUCUCUUCCGCCGCUCCAUCUCUCGGCGUUAGCAGUACUACAAAAGCAGUCUAGCCCGACACGGCCAUCUCCGGCUCAAGUUAGUACAACGUCAGCAUCAUCACGCUCAAUAUGGGAUUCCAAAUUUGUCAAUCACUUGUACGUCGACCACUCUAUCCAUCCACCUCAGCCCUAUCAGCCGCCUUUUCAAAAUAGAGCCUUCUACGGUAAGUCAGUGACGCCACAGUCCGAUGAGCGAACAACAGAUAGAGGGUCUACCAAUUCUUCUCCCGAACAGAAACGACCAAGUGUCCCGGUAGAGAAGGCGAUGCCGGCGCUUCUACCGGCUUUCAUCGAGGCUGAAGCAACUUCACCGUUUUACUGUGCGGAUUCUUCGCAGAUGAUCGAGAAGACUGGCCUCAUGCUACCACCACUCUCGCCAGCGCGUGGGAAGAAACACACCAGGCACGAGCAUGCUGUCGAGACGUCAGAGGUCGACACACCUUGGCCUGUGGACCAAGUUUAUGAGACCUUUGAACUACCGACCCAGCAUGAUACAAAUCCUCCCUUUCUGCCGGACUUUCUCAUAGAGUUGCCUCAGCCCAAGCCAAAAGUGCAGAAGCGUCGACUGAUAUCGCUUGAACGAGGAUACUGGGCCAUCAACGCGAGAGACCAUCAUCUAUCCCAGUCUGCACUAGAUGAUCUUUGGAAAAAGCUCGAAGGCUGCAUUAAAAGUGCUUCACUGGCAUGGGUCUCACUACAUCGCAUACCAAGUCACCUUCGUGUCUACUGCUGGGCUGGCUGUGCCAUGUCUCUCUGGGUCUUGAUACGCGAGUACUGUAAGCCAAACAAAUUGAGAGCUAUCGCAUGGUAUGAUGCUGAAGGGAAACUGGUUCUUGCUCGCUGA